UCACGCAAUUGGAACGCAAUUAAAUCAACGAUUAACUCCAAAUGCAUCUAUUCCAAUUAGGUUACGAAGUUCUUAAAAUUAUAUAAAUUAUAGCAGUCACCGAAAUGUCAUUGGGUCAUUGCUAUCUCUGAUCAAACAUGAUGCAGAAAUUAAAAUAAUAAAGCGCAAAUGAACUGGAAAUAACCUAAAUCUCAAUAAGGAUAACAAUGAAUCCGAGAAAGAAGCGAUUGAAGAAAUGCAAGUGAAACGCAUGAAAUGAUGGCCAAGUGGUGGACGUGUAUGUAUCUCGUUUUCGCCUUUGCCGUUUCGCGAAGUUUCUGUGAUACUUUUGAUGGUGAAGAGCAGGAGGACAAUUUGGAGUCACCGCUGUGCUGUAACCUUACAACCACAGAGAAACUAGAGAUUGAGUACUCCUCCAAAGCUGUCGAGAAUGAAUACAUAGUUACAUUUGAUGGAUAUUAUAAGAACCAAGCAAGAGCCAGUUACAUCAAUGCAGCACUCAACAAUUCCGGGAUCAAGAAAUGGAAAAUCCUUUCCAGAGAGAAUCCUGCCAGCGAUUACCCAAGUGACUUUGAUGUGGUGAUUUUGGAGGAUACAGAAAUAUUAUCAGGAUUGGAUGCAUUGAACGAUCAUCCUUCUGUGAAAAGAGUGACCUCACAGCGCAUGGUGCUUAGAACAUUGAAGUUUAUUAAUAAGAAUGAAUAUAUUAGAACAGGAAGAAACAGUUUGUCACAGAACAGCCAAUUUUGGCAGGCAACAGGGAGACAUACAAGCAGAAGACUGCUGAGAGCAGUACCUAGACAAAUUACGUCAGUGCUACAAGCUGAUGCACUAUGGAAUAUGGGAAUUACAGGGAAAGGUGUUAAGGUGGCCGUGUUUGAUACUGGCUUGUCGAAGACGCAUCCGCAUUUUCGGAAAAUCAAAGAGCGAACGAAUUGGACCAACGAGAAAACUUUGGACGACGGUUUGGGGCAUGGCACAUUCGUUGCUGGUGUCAUCGCUUCGAGCAAAGAAUGUCUAGGUUUCGCACCUGAUUCGGAGUUGCAUAUCUUCAGGGUGUUCACCAAUAAUCAGGUGUCGUACACGUCAUGGUUCUUAGACGCGUUCAACUAUGCUAUUUUAAAGAAAAUCAACGUUCUGAAUUUGAGCAUAGGUGGACCGGACUUUAAAGAUCAUCCCUUCGUUGAUAAAGUCUGGGAGUUGACGGCCAAUAAAGUUAUCAUGGUCUCUGCGAUUGGAAACGAUGGUCCUUUAUACGGAACACUUAACAAUCCGGCAGAUCAAAUGGACGUGAUUGGUGUAGGAGGGAUUAACUUUGAGGAUCAAAUCGCCAAGUUCUCAUCUAGGGGAAUGACUACUUGGGAAUUACCACAAGGAUACGGACGCGUUAAACCUGACAUUGUAACAUACGGAGCUAAUGUCAGGGGCUCCAAUAUCAAAGGAAGUUGCAGAUCUCUAUCCGGAACAAGCGUGGCUUCACCGGUAGUUGCUGGUGCCGUCACGUUGUUGGCAAGCGGUGUUCUCCAUCGAGAAGAAGUGAUAAAUCCCGCUAGUAUUAAGCAAGCGUUGAUGGCUUCGGCACGAAGAUUGCCAGGUGUAAAUAUGUUCGAGCAGGGUCAUGGCAAAUUGAAUUUAGUAAAAGCAUAUCAAAUUUUAAGCAGUUACAAACCACAGGCAAGUUUAAGUCCUAGUUAUAUUGAUUUAAGCGAAUGUCCGUACAUGUGGCCGUAUUGCACGCAACCUCUGUAUGUUGGAGCGAUGCCUGUUGUUGUUAACGUGACUAUUCUGAACGGUCUAGGCGUUUCAGGCAAGAUUGCCAGCAAACCGCAAUGGUAUCCGUACACCCCGCAGCAGGGUCAAUUGCUGGAUAUAGCCAUAUCCCAUUCAGAACUUCUUUGGCCAUGGUCUGGAUGGUUGGCGGUCAGCUUUUCUGUGAACAAGGAUGGCGCAAAUUACGAAGGUUUGGCGCAGGGACAUAUCAGCUUAACAAUCGAAUCUCCUCCAGCACACGGCGAAACAGAACCAAAGCAAACUGUUAUUGUUCUUCCAAUAAGAGCUAAAAUAAUACCAACUCCUCCACGGAACAAGCGUAUCCUUUGGGAUCAGUACCACAAUUUGCGUUAUCCGCCUGGUUACUUCCCCAGGGAUAAUCUGAAAGUAAAGAACGAUCCGCUCGACUGGAACGGCGAUCACAUACAUACAAACUUCAAAGACAUGUACCAGAAUUUGAGAAAUGCUGGGUACUACGUAGAAGUUCUAGGCUCCUCGUUCACGUGCUUCGACGCCUCUCAGUACGGUUCGCUAUUAAUCGUGGAUCCAGAGGAGGAGUAUUUCCCUGAAGAAAUUGCUAAAUUGAAGAGAGACGUGGAUGCUGGUUUGUCUGUUAUUAUAUUCGCGGACUGGUAUAACGUAACCGUUAUGAGGAAGGUAAAGUUCUACGAUGAGAACACUAGGCAGUGGUGGAUGCCGGACACGGGCGGAUCCAAUGUUCCGGCGCUGAACGACCUUCUCGCCUCCUGGGGCAUCGAGUUUGGAGAUCGAGUUUUCGAAGGCGGUUUCAAGUUGGGUGACCAUGAUAUGGUGUACGCAUCUGGUACGAGCAUCUCCAAAUUCCCAGCCGAUGGUUUGAUCAUAUCGAGGCAAUUGAAGGACCAAGGAGAACAAAUUGUGACUGAAAACGAUGGAAAGGAAAAGCACGAGGUUCCAGUCCUCGGUUUGCUUCAGAGUAAAGCGACGGAGAAGAGCGGAAGGAUAGUGGUGUACGGUGAUUCGAAUUGCAUAGACGCCAGUCACUUGGAGCAACCGUGCUACUGGAUGCUGGACGCAAUCCUCGAGUACACCUCAACCACGCACCUUCCGUCCGUAUUCAAAGACAACGCCAUGAAGGACUUCUCCAGCAGGGUUUCGACGGACGUACCGCAACGGAUGGAAGGCAACAGACUGUUCCGAUACUCGAAGGUUCUCGAAGGUCAUUUAGGUGAAUCUCAGGCCAGAGCUCUUCCGCAGUGUCCGCACUUGGUGUACGCUCACGCGGUGCCGUUAAACAUAUCCGCCCCCACGGACUUUUAUCAAUCCCAAAAACUGUUAUCCCUCAUGGAGGAAUCCGCCUUACCCGUAAUUAAAGUUAAUAAUUUCGUAAGAGAUGCGUCCGGGCAAGAUAGUGUAGAGGAAGACAUUUGGAAUUGGCGCCAGAAGCAACACGACCCGUCGUCGCAAGUUACGAAACCGGAGAACUUUAAUCUCACCUCGAUUUUGCUAGUAUGCCUCACCUUGGUCGUAAUCUAUCUGUGCGUUCGAUGUUACAAACAGAGACCGAAACCGAAGCGACGGAAACCCAGGAUCAAACGUCUACUAAGUAUCCUGCAGUGUGGCCGAGUUCCGGCCGUCUAGCGUGCUUAAUUACAUAAUUUCUUUUACCUUAUCUCUCUCUCAAUCUCUAUUAAUUGUGUUAUUUUCUUUUUAAUUUUA